AUGAAUAUAGAAAAUAGUGAAUAUAAAAAUUUGUCUAGUUUAGAAGAAAAGUUACAUAAUUAUUUAACAGUUAUUGAAAAAAUGAUAAAAUUAAUUAACGGAAAUAUAGAUAAAUUAAAUGAUUAUAUAAAUAAAAAAUAUAAUGAAAUAAAAAUAUUAUCAAGUAAAAAACCAACAAGAAUAAAUUGGAUGAAAACAGAAGAUAAAAUGCAUAUGUCUUUGUUUUUUGAUAAAAAAAAUGGUUUUGCUCCAACUAAUGAAGAUGCAUUAAAAAUACUUCAAUUUCAAUCAAAAUUUUUAAAUUAUCGUAAAAAGUAUGAGUAUAAAAAAAAUUUAUGGACAAAAAAAGAUAUAGAUAUGCUAUUUAUAACUGUGGAUAAAAUUUCAAAAAAAUAUGCAUUCCAAUAUUUAAUAGAACCUGAAUUGUCAUACGAAUUAAAACAACAAAAACAAAAAGAAAUAGAAGAAAGUGAUACUAAAAAUAUUCUAAGUAAGUUAAAACUAUAUUUUGAUGAACAUGUUCAUAAAAAAAAGUUAUUAACACAAGAAGAUUAUGAUAAAUUAAGAGAAAUAGAAAUAAGUGACUUGUGUGAAGAAAAAUUAGGAUUAAAUAAUUCAAAUAGUAUAAAUUAUGAAAAAGAAAAAAUAUUAAAUGAAAGUAAUAAACUUUCAAAGAAAAAUAUACAAAUAGAAAAUUUUGCUGUUUUUUCUCAAAAAUUUUGGGAAGAAGUUUCGGAAAAUUUAAAAAAUUCUCAAACCGCAAGAGAAUGUCAAAAAACAUGGUUAUAUUAUGGAUGUUUUGAAGAUGAAAAAAAAAAAUGGACAGAAGAAGAAAUAAAGCAAUUAUUGUUUUUAAGUAAAAAAUAUAAAAAAAGAGAAUGGAAAUGUAUAGCAAGAGAAUUAAACACAAAUAGGAGCCCAUUAAGCUGUUUUGAACAAUAUAUUAAAAUAAAUAAAUUAUAUGAUACAAAAGAAAAAAUAAAAUUAGAAAGAAUAGCUUUUAAUGUUUUGGAAGACAUACAAUUACAAAUUUUAGUAUCUAUUCUUGGUGAUAAAAAUUGGUAUGAUAUAAAAAAACAUAUGGAAAUUCUUAAUACUAAUAUUAAAAGAAUUGAAAAGAGAAAAAAUUGUCAUGUAAUUGAAAAUGAAAAAAAAAAAAAAUGUAUUAAUGAUGAAAUAUCUUAUAAAAGAAGAUACUUAAGAUUAAUCAAUACAAAAAAGGAACAAAAAGAACAUUUUAAGUAA